AUGAGGUUCCGAUUUCCUCGCACCCUCGACUUGGGGCUGGACCGCGGCAAAUCCUCCGAUGUGGACGGCCCAGAAUCAGCAGCUGGGCAGCGGGAGACCACUCUUGCCAGUCAUGAGAUCCGGGAGAAGGAAGCGGCCGUCGCUGGGGACUCUGACACCGGCGACAGUGGCAGUGAGAAGGUCGAUGCCGACGCUCAACGAGGUGUCCAACUUGCUGAGGCCGUGACCGAGGUGUGGACUAGACGCGAUUUGAUCCUGGCUUACGUCCUCAUCUGGAUCAUUGAAUUCGUCCUCGGCUUCUCCUCUGGCAUCGUCGGUACAUUGACUCCCUACGUGACGAGCUCGUUCGCAAUGCACUCUUUGACCGCGACCACGGGCAUCAUCUCCAGCUUGAUCGGCGGCAUCUUCAAGCUCCCGUUUGCCAAAAUCAUGGAUAUCUGGGGUCGGCCCCAAGCGUUCAUCUUGAUGAUCGCGUCCAUCACGCUGGGCCUGAUCAUGAUGGCCGGGUGCAACAACGUCAAAACAUAUUGCGCGGCCCAGGUCUUCUACAACCUCGGUUACUAUGGGAUUGACUUUGCCUUGACCAUCUUCAUUGCCGAUACCUCGAAGCUGCGGAAUCGGUCUUUCAUGAUCGCCUUUGCAUCGUCGCCCUGGCUAGCGGUGACCUGGUGUUACGGACCGGCAGCCAACAGCGUGCUGGAUACGAUGGGAUUCCGAUGGGGAUUUGGGAUCUGGUCCAUCAUCCUGCCCAUCACCUGCGCUCCGCUCUGUUUACUGUUCCUGCGCAACCAACGGAAAGCGAUCAAGUUGGGUCUCAUCCCCCCGCGGCCCAGCCGAGGAACGCCGUUCCAAACCUUCAUCUACUACUGCCGCGAGUUUGACGUGAUCGGCCUCCUGCUCAUCAGUGCCGGACUGGCGCUGUUCCUGCUGUCGUUCAGCUUGUACUCGUACCAGAAGGACGAAUGGCGGUCGCCCUUGAUCAUCUGCUUCAUCAUUUUCGGCGGGCUGCUCAUGAUCGCCUUCGGCCUGUACGAGAAAUACCUGGCCCCCGUGACGUUCAUCCCCUGGACGCUCCUCCGGAACCGCACCGUCAUCUUCACCUACAUCAUGGCCGCCAGCAUCUACCUGGCCUGGUACAUCUGGGACGCGUACUUCUUCUCGCUGUGCAUCGUGCUGUUCCGACAGAGCAUCACGCAGGCCUCGUACAUCGGCAACAUCUACACGGUCGGGUCGACCUUCUGGGCGUUGGUGAUCGGGGUGGCGAUCCGCUUCAACGGGCGCAUCAAACGGUACGCGCUCUUUUUCGGCGUGCCCAUGACCAUCCUCGGCGUCGGGCUCAUGGUCCACUUCCGCCAACCGAACGUCAACAUCGGGUACAUCGUGAUGACGCAGAUCUUCAUCGCCUUCGGCGGCGGCACGCUGGUCAUCUGCGAGCAGAUGUCGGUCAUGGCCGUCUCCCGCCACCAGAACAUCCCCGCUGUUCUGGCCAUGGAGGCCAUGGUCGCCAACAUCGGCAGCUCGGUUGGCCUGGCCAUCGCCUCGGCCAUGUGGACGGGCAUCUUCCCCAAGAAACUGGCCGAAAACCUGCCCGCCAGCGCCCAGGCCGACUUGGCCACCAUCUACGGCGAUUUGACCGUUCAGGCCAGCUAUCCUCCCGGCAGCCCGACCAGGGACGCCAUCGACAAGUCGUACGGCCAGACCCAACGCCUCAUGCUCAUCACCGCCACCUGCCUCUAUUCCAUCACCCUGGUGUCCACUCUCUUCUGGGAGGACAUUGAUGUCAAGAACAUGAAGCAACGGACCAAGGGGUUGAUUUGA